AUGGAUGUGCCACACCAUCAGCAAAUUUUGAAGACGUUGUCGGAUAACAUCUUCUCGCUCGAGGAGGAACAACACCACCCAUCAUCAUCGACGACGACGGAGGAACCAAAGAAAGCCGGAGGAAAAAUUGAUGGCGCGUUUUUCGAAAAGAAGAAUGAAUGGUACGUACUGAGAUGUAGGAGUAAAGAUCAAGUUAGAGAACUGGCAAAGUUAACUUGUCUCACCGUUGGUACUCCUAUCAUUGUCGGACGUCACCCAAGUUUAAACCAACGCAAAUGUGUCGUUACCUGUCAGGAAGCUGAAGGAAUGGAAGAAAAAGAGCUCUUAGCUGAAUUGUCGCCCCAAAAAGUGAUAGACGUUCGUAGAAUCACCAAAAAAAUGCUCGCAGGAAUUAUUGGUACACCCACGCUGAUACUUACUAUCAGCAGUACCAUUAUUCCAGAGUUCAUCCACUUUGGAUUUCUCAAAGUACGAACUCGUUUGUACUACCCGCUGCCCCUACUGUGUAAGAAUUGUUUGAAGUACGGACACACGAAGAAGAAGUGUACCAGCCCCCUCUCGUGCAGCAAGUGCAACUCAACUAGCCAUGAUAGUGCGAAUUGUAAAAAUCACUCGUACUGCGGAAACUGCGAAAAAGAAGGCACUCACCAUUCAAUCGCGCAUGCCCAACUUGGUUAG